AUGGCGGGGAGAAGGGAAGCUGCCAGUGCAGUGAAGGCACUGCGAGGCAGGAACACAACAGCUGGAAGGCAGCAGAGUGAAGCAGUUCGUCCCGCUGCCUCAUACCCCCGGCGUCCGAGCGGGCAUAGUCCAAUCAGGGGGCAGUGGGUGUGUGGCCCCGCCCCCAAGUGGCUCCGCCCUCCCGUGGCCGCGCCUCGUCCACCAGCUCCCACAGCUCCCGGCUACCAGCGGACACGUGGGAAGGUCCAGGCGCCAGUGCCAACCAACUGCAACGUAGGAGGGGAAUCAGAGCAGCCAGCCCCGCCCUCAGGACCACGGCCCCGCCCCGCUCCCAGUACCCUAGCCCUGCCCCCAGCACCCCGGCCCCGCGCCCAGCACCCCGGCCCCGCUCUCACAACCGCAGCUCCGCUCCAGAACCGCAGACCCACCCCCAGAACCCUGACUCCACCCCCAGAACCCAAGCCCCAGCCCCGUCCCCAGAACCAAGGCCCUACCACAAUCCCGCCCCACAGAACCUCAGCCCUGCCCCCAGGACCAAGGUCUCACUCCCAAACCUCAGCCCCAGCCCAAGACCACACCACCAACCCCCAGACCACACCACCAACCCCCCAGCCCCGCCCCAAGACCACACCACCAACCCCCCAGACCACACCACCAACCCCCCAGCCCCGCCCCUAG